CUCUCUCUCUCUCUCUCUCUCUCUCUCUCUUGGCACCGCCUUCUCAGCCGUGGAGGUUGAAACAGCCACAGAUGGUGCUGAGACACACAAGCAGACGCUCUACUACAAAUGUGUGUGCGCGCAUGUGAGUGUGUGUGUGCCAGAGAAAGAGUGUGAACAGCAAAACAGAGGAGACGUCUUUAGAAAGGAUCUCUCGGCACCUCUGGGACACAAGAGCGUGUGCUCUGGAGGAAAUAUUUAUGACCCGUCGUCAGUGAGUGACCCUCCUGGAGCAGAGCGGAUCUCCAUAUGAGCUCGCAGACGCACCAGCAGCGCAGCUCCGGGCAGCACUCGGGGACUUUUCAGACCCUGUGAGGAUUAAAAAACACACAACCGGGAAAAUUGAGAAGAAGAAGAAGAAAAGCCACAGCAUGAGCAGCUGCAGGAAGAGAUGCAAGCGGGAGAUCCUGAAGUUUGCUCAGUAUCUCUUCAGAGUUAUUACCGGUACUCUCAAUCCAGAUAGCAUUGAGGAUGAGCUGGAGCUGUCAGCUGUACGGCAUCGACCCGAGGCUUUGGAGCAGCUGGAGGCUCAAACGCGUUUCUCACGCAAAGAGCUUCAAAUCCUCUACAGAGGCUUCAAGAACGAGUGUCCCAGUGGUGUGGUCAAUGAAGACACAUUUAAGGAAAUUUACGCUCAGUUUUUCCCACAGGGAGAUGCAUCGACGUAUGCACAUUUUCUGUUCAACGCAUUCGACACAGAUCACAACGGCUCGGUCAGCUUUGAGGAUUUUGUAAUGGGUCUUUCCAUUCUCUUACGAGGCAGCGUUCAGGAGAAGCUUAACUGGGCAUUUAACCUCUAUGAUAUUAAUAAAGAUGGAUAUAUAACAAAGGAGGAAAUGUUAGACAUCAUAAAGUCCAUCUAUGACAUGAUGGGGAAAUGCACAUAUCCCAUACUCAAGGAGGAAACUCCGCGACAGCAUGUGGAGAUAUUUUUCCAGAAAAUGGACAAAAACAGAGAUGGAGUGGUGACUAUAGAUGAAUUUAUAGACUGCUGUCAAAAUGAUGAGAACAUCAUGAGAUCAAUGCAGCUUUUUGAGAACGUCAUUUAACAUCUGUAUGGACUCUGUUGGCGGGCCAGCGCAUAAAUAAACACCUUUAUACUCCACAAACCCAGAUGUCUGAGUGCUAGCUGCGAUUCGUUCACGGAAAACAACAUUUGUAAUUACGAAGAACGUUAUUUUUGCUUUUGUUGUUGUAAAUUCUUCUUUUUCAAUUGCAUGCAUGAGCCUUUCCCACACAAAUGUCUAAAACGACCAGAAGCCAUUGUUACAUACUCUACAUUGACCAUUAUAUGAAUUAUAUGUUUAUUAAUUUAUUAAUAAAUACAAUGAAAAUUUGCUGAAAGUGGACUCACCCUCAGGUUUGUUUCAGGUGGAGAUAUUUACCAUUAAAGGUCUCUGAAGUGCCUUGAAACACACAGCUUUAUUCAGUGUGUUGAUGUCAUUUCCAAUAAAGUAAGAAGAGUGGGCGGGGCUUACUUAGAAGCCCCUUUCUCUUUUAAAAACACCCAAUCGAAUUUAGCGUCUAGUCAUAACUUAAAUCAUUCAUAAAUCAUGUCAUGUCUUAUGUCAAAAAACAUCAUAAGUUUCGUAACUUUUUGAUUAUCGAAUAUUUCGUACAAAUUUGCAAAGAACAAACAAAUUACAAAUAAUUCGCUUUCGUUCAUACAAAUGAGUACGAUUUGUUCAUCCCCAAUGAAAGGUAGGUUUAGGGGUGGGGUUUUGGGGGCACGCCUCCUUUUUUUAAAAAUCGUACAUUUUCAUACUAAUAAAAUUGCAUGAGUUUUUUUCAAAUUAGCCACUUUUUCGCCAAUACAUAAAAUAGUUACGUUUUCUCGCGAGAUUGAGCCAGAUGCACUUUAUUUAAUGUCUCUGGACCACAGCAGACUUGAUUAGCAUAAUUUAGCAUCUAUUUCGGAUUAGCAUUUCGCUUCGGAUUCUAGAGAGCAUUUGAUUGGUCAGGAAAUCUGGCGGGAAGCAGAAGUGCAGAGUGAUGUCAUCAAAAGCGUUUAUUCAUGUUGACUGAGAGACUGUAAGUUGGCUUAUAUUAUUAUCAAAAUGUGGAUUUUGUUAAUGUUUUGGAGCGUUAUAACUAAAUAAAACCUUACCGCUAGCAUAUAUGUAAUUAAAUCGAAAAAUACUAAUUUAUUAAUACUAAUACUAAUAAAUAAUUGA